CGGUCCGGCAGGUUUGCGCGGGGCCGAGCAGCAGCAGCAGGUGAGGCUGUGAGCGGGGGAAAAGGGCGGGGAGCCGCCGCCGCUGGAGCUGUGCACAAGCAGGAAGAAGAGGGAGAACAUGGUGCGGUGACAAAACGCCCAGACACACACUGAGAAACUGGAUUCAGCUUUUUGUACAAAUCUGCGGAGGAACACGGAAGAUAUCUGAGCCGCUAAGAUGAGUCGGCUGCGUGCAGACUCCCAGGGUUCCCUGGGGCCUGACGAUGAGGUCAUGCCGUACAGUGACGAUGAGACGGACGACGAAUUGGAUGCAACCUCUGAGGAGGAACCAGAAGAGCCGCCAGGAGUCCCGCAGCCCCCGGUGGAAGCUAAACCCAGCGAGAUGGGAUGGAAGGUGAAAGCUAACGACCGACCGUAUCACCACCUGCCAGAGUUUCAGAAGAAAGUCUUCCUGUGCUUCAAGAAGAGCAGAUACUCUGGAAACGCCAUCAAGACGUACAAGUACAACGUCCUCACCUUCCUCCCUCUGAACCUGUACGAGCAGUUAAAGAGAGCCGCCAACCUCUACUUCCUGGCUCUGCUCAUCUUACAGGUCAUUCCAGACAUUUCUACUCUGCCCUGGUACACCACGCUGAUUCCCCUGGUCGUGGUGCUGGGGAUCACUGCUGUCAAAGACCUGGUGGAUGAUCUGGCGCGGCACAGGAUGGACAAAGAGAUCAACAACAGGAAGUGUGAAGUCCUGCUGGACGGCAGGUUUCAAGAGUCAAAGUGGAGGGACAUCCAGGUUGGAGAUGUGGUUCGUAUGAAGAAGAACGACUUCAUUCCGGCUGACAUCCUGCUGUUAUCCAGCUCCAACCCAAACAGCCUGUGCUAUGUAGAAACAGCUGAGCUCGACGGAGAGACCAACCUGAAGUUUAAGCUGGGACUCAGAGUGACAGAUGAGAGACUGCAGGAGGAGCGUCAGCUGGCUCAGUUUGAUGCUCUGAUCGAGUGUGAAGAGCCGAACAACCGCCUGGACAAGUUUGUGGGGACGAUGCUGUGGCAGAGGGAGCGUUACCCUCUGGACCUGGACAACAUGCUGCUGCGAGGCUGCAAGAUCAGAAACACAGAGGAGUGUCACGGCCUAGUCAUCUUCGCAGGAGCUGACACCAAAAUCAUGAAGAACGGCGGUAAGACGAGAUUCAAGAGGACCAAAAUUGACGAGCUGAUGAACUACAUGGUUUACACAAUCUUCGUGCUGCUGAUCCUAGUUGCAGCUGGUCUGGCCAUCGGUCACACCUUCUGGUACGAGGAGAUCGGCUCUAAGGCUUGGUAUCUGUACGACGGCAAAAACCAGGACGCCUCCCACAGAGGCUUCCUCAGCUUCUGGGGAUACAUCAUCGUCCUCAACACCAUGGUGCCCAUUUCCCUAUAUGUCAGUGUGGAGGUGAUUCGUGUGGGCCAGAGUAAGUUCAUCAACUGGGACCUGCAGAUGUAUUUCUCCGAGAAGGACACACCAGCCAAGGCUCGAACCACCACCCUGAACGAGCAGCUUGGUCAGAUCGAGUACAUCUUCUCUGACAAGACGGGAACUCUCACGCAGAACAUCAUGCAGUUCAAGAAGUGCACCAUCGCUGGACGCAGCUACGGUGAACCAACCACAGCCGAGGGAGUGGUGCUGGACCGAGGACGGCCGGUGGACUGGAGCUGGAACCGACAGGCUGACAAAAAGUUCCAGUUCAUGGACAAUUCCCUGGUGGCGAUCGUCCGGUCCAAAAAGGAUAAAGAUGCUACAGAGUUCUUCAAACUGCUCUCUCUCUGCCACACCGUCAUGGUGGACAACAAAGACGGUGAACUGGUGUACCAGGCGGCGUCCCCUGAUGAGGGCGCCCUGGUGACGGCCGCCAGGAACUUCGGCUACGUGUUUCUGUCUCGUACGCAGGACACCAUCACCAUCAGUGAGAUGGGUCAGGAGACGACCUACGAGAUGUUGGCACUGCUCGACUUCAACUCCGACCGCAAGCGCAUGUCUAUCAUCUUGAAGGCUCCUGAUGGUCGUAUUCGUCUCUUCUGUAAAGGAGCCGACACUGUCAUCUACGAGCGACUCUCCCCGAACUCCAGACACAAAGAAACUACCCAGACUGCUCUGGAUAUCUUUGCCAACGCGACUUUGCGGACACUGUGUCUGUGUUACAAAGACAUCAGCACAGCCGAGUUUGAAGCCUGGUCCAGACUGCACAAAGAGGCCCAGGUGGCCAUGGUGGACAGAGACGCUGCCCUCGACCGCGUGUACGAGCAGAUCGAGUCCAACCUGAUGCUGAUUGGAGCGACAGCCAUUGAGGACAAACUGCAGGACGGCGUGCCAGAGACCAUCGCCAAACUGGCCAAGGCUGACAUCAAGAUCUGGGUCCUGACUGGAGAUAAGAAAGAAACGGCAGAGAACAUCGGAUAUUCUUGUUCACUUUUGACAGACGACAUGCAGAUCCACUACGGAGAAGACGUCAAUGAGAAGCUGAGGAUUCGUCAGGCCAACAGGAGAAACGAGCCUCAAACUAUCCGUCGAGGCAAAAAGAAACCCGCAGAGCCUUUCUUCCCUGGCAGCGGCAAAAACGCUCUCAUCAUCACCGGAGGAUGGCUGAACGAGAUCCUGUAUGAGAAGAAGAAGAAACGCCGUCGCCUGCGUCUGCGCCGUCUGGGAAAGCGACCGCCUCCCAGCAGCCCUCAGGACGGACAACCGAUGAACGACUGGGAGAAGGAGAUGAGACAGAUUGACUUUGUGGACAUGGCGUGUGAGUGCGAGGCGGUCAUCUGCUGUCGCGUCACACCGAAGCAGAAGGGUAACGUGGUGAGUCUGGUGAAGAAGUACAAGAAAGCGGUGACGCUGUCCAUCGGAGACGGAGCCAAUGACGUCAACAUGAUCAAGACUGCAGACAUCGGUGUGGGUAUCAGCGGUCAGGAGGGGAUGCAGGCCGUCAUGUCCAGCGACUACGCCUUUGCUCAGUUCCGUUACCUGCAGCGCCUCCUGCUGGUGCAUGGACGCUGGUCCUACAUCCGAAUGUGCAAGUUCCUGCGUUUCUUCUUCUUCAAGAACUUCGCCUUCACACUGGUUCACUUCUGGUACUCCUUCUUCAGUGGAUACUCCGCACAGAUCGCCUACGAAAACUGGUUCAUCACCCUCUACAAUCUGUGUUACAGCAGCUUGCCGGUUCUACUGGUUGGACUUCUUGACCAGGAUGUUAAUGACAAACUGAGCCUGAAAUUCCCCAAACUCUACCUGCCCGGCCAACAAGGAGCAUUGUUCAACUACAAGAGUUUCUUCAUCAGCUUGUUUCACGGCAUCUUCGUCUCGCUCAUCAUCUUCUUCAUCCCCUACGGAGCCUUCCUGCAGACCAUGGGGCAGGAUGGAGAAGCCCCCUCCGACUACCAGUCCUUGGCGGUCGUCACCGCAUCGUCGCUCGUAUUUAUUGUCAACCUACAGAUCUCUCUGGAUACCUCCUACUGGACCUUCGUUAACUGCUUUGCGGUUUUGGGCAGCAUAGCCAUCUACUUUGGCAUCAUGUUUGACAUCCACAGUGCCGGGAUCCACGUCAUCUUCCCCUCAGUGUUCACCUUCACCGGUGCAGCGUCAAAUGCUCUGCGUCAGCCCUACCUGUGGUUAACCAUCAUCCUGACUGUGGGCAUCAGCCUGCUGCCCGUCAUCUGCAUCCAGUUCCUCUAUAAAAACAUCUGGCCCUCUAUAGGAGACAAGAUCCAGAGAAACAGGAAGAAGUACGAGAUGGAGUUGGCAGAGGAGGAGAAGAAAAAACCUUCAGCCUUCCAGCGUGGCCGCCGUUCCCGCCGCUCUGCCUAUGCCUUCUCUCACUCCCGUGGCUACGCCGACCUCAUCUCAUCUGGGCGGAGCAUUCGACGGCGACCCACGGGCCGCGGUGGACCCCAGGACAGCAUCAGAGAGGCUCCCCGGGGAGAGGCCGAAAACAUCUGAAGGGGGCUGAGCAGGAGAUGGAGCAAAACUGUAGCCAGAGGGGUUGUAAAUAUUUGGGAAAGUUCGUGGAGUGCUCGGUUUGUCUUCUUUUAACUGUGGAGUCGCUGCUGAAAUGGUCAACAUUGGAAACUGUACAGGAAUGUCCCUUCCUUUGGGGUAUUCAAGUCCCUGAGGGAGAGGUGAAAGAAAAGCACUCCCAGAGUCACUCAGCUUAUAGGAACAAAACGACAGGCGUUUGCUGAAAGUUAAAUGAAGCACUACUGAACGUGUCUUUGCUCCAGUCUGUGACUGCCCACUUCCUCCUCUAUGCACAGACAGUUAGAAUGCAAAAAAUCCCAAAAGCUCACCGAAGAGACGACUGCCGUUUAGCGGGGUUUGACGUCAUGCAGCGACUGUGUGACCCACAAUGUUGUUUAACUCAGGAUUUUUAAAAUAAAAGCCUUAUUUUUAGCCAGUGUGUCCCUGCUCUCCACGACUGUGGCCGGAGCCGUAACCUUAUUUAAUAUGAUACUACUUUUGACAUUCACAGUUUUAGCCCAGUGUCUGUGGAGCACUUGAUAUGUUGGUGUUUUAUCAGAAUCAAAAAAUACAUAUUCCAGUCAAUUUGUCCGUUAUCUAAUCAAACUGUUUUAUUUCUACCCGUUGAGAUAAAAAUUCCUUCACAUUAAAACAAUGGGCUAAAGCUAAACAUGUCAAGGUAUCCUCUUUUAAUGUUUUAUUAUUAGUAAUAGUGGAAUGUUACUAUGCCAAGCUAUGCAAGGUGGUCGGAUGUCAUAAAGUUUGUCUUAAUUUAAAAAUAAGUUGUAAAUAGUGAUCUCUUCUCUUCUGCUGCGUUGAUUGUCCAAAGUGUCCUGACAGAUGGAUGUUUUAGUCUCAAAUUCGAGGACUUUGUUUCAGCCUUAAAACCUUUUAAAUACCUCUUUCAAACCUGAAUCCUUACGUCACUUGUUCUAUACCUCACCUUUUGUUCUUUUAUUUACCUGAGGUGCUCUAUAGGGAACCUGCAAGUCUGAACCUCCAGUUUGUCUUCCUUCCAGCAGCAGUGUUUUCAAGCACUCCUUACUUCUAAUGGGGAAAGAAACACAGUAAUGAGGUCAAGAAUUAUCUCUAUUUGUUUAUGUCUCACUAGUUUGUUCCUUUUUUUUUAACGUUAAAUCACACGUUCCUUCAGUCAUGAUUUCCAUGUGUGUGUUUCUGGUUGUUUACAGCAAACCCAAAGAUGUUGUUUGUCUUUUUCCAGUCCUAUAAUCAGACUAAGCAUAUCCACUAACCAGUGCUAAGCCAAAACGGACACAUCCCUGCUCUGACUGUUACCGUAUCCCCUUCAUGCUAGUGUUACCGUAUGCAGAUGAUGUCUUUUUAUUACUGAAUGAAUGGCAGCAGUAGAUGAGGACUGCUGUUGAUCGUACCAGCGACUGUCACAUGAUGGUAUUUUAUCACGUGGUUGUUAAUAAAAGCCAAGGGCACAUUUAGCAAUCUGAAA